UGAUGGUUUUCUCCUUCUUUUUAAGGCAAUCUGAGGAAAGUUAAGUACGACCGUUCGCAAAAGACAAGAAAAUAUGACGGAACCAGCGGGACCUCGAAAGCUUACAGACAGUCGAUAUUCGGUCUUCAACAAACCUGCACAAACUUCUACGAAACAACCUGUAUCUCCGAUUUUUGAAACACCUAUGAGACUGGUUGUCAACACUGAUGGCAAGACAACUUUAAAUCACGAAACUCUAGCUGAACUCAGCAAAAUUGAGAAAACUCUAAACGUCGUAUCAGUGGUUGGGAGUCUGAGAACUGGGAAGUCGUUCUUGCUUAAUAAACUGGCAAACACAGAAGCAGUUGUUGUAAAAAAUGGAUUUGAGACAGGUCAUACUACAAAAGCAGUCACCAAAGGUAUUUGGGUAAUGUGCAGGCCACAUCCAACACAAGAGGAACAAGUUCUUGUUCUCCUCGAUACAGAGGGCAUUGAUGAUCCUGAUAAGGUUGAGAUAACAGACGACCAGUGGCUUUUUAUCUUGUCUACCCUACUUAGCAGCACAAUGGUUUACAACACAAGGGGACAUUUCGACAGGCCAGCUAUUGACAAAUUUAGAUUUCUUAGAGAAAUUAAGACAUCAAUCAGUGUAACUGGUGCGACAACCGAUGAUUCUAUCCUAGACUUCUUCUUUCCAAACUUCGUUCUUGCAUUAAGGGAUUUCAAUCUUACAAUAGAAGAAAAGACGGCAGACGUUUUCUUAGAAGGUAAACUAGUGUUACAGCGCGGAUUGACAGACAGCAUCCGGAAAUUUAAUGAGCCAAGACAACUUAUCAGAAGAUAUUUCAAGAAAAGGAGAUGUUUUAUCUUCAUAAAACCUGCAAAACAGAAACUUAUUUCCCAGCUGAUGAAAGUCCCAGAGACUGAUUUGAAACCAGAGUUCCUUCAGACCCUGAACUCUUUCCGAGACUAUAUCUUUUCUUGUGCACCAAAAACUUUAAAGUCUGGGAGAGGAAUUAAUGGAAGAAUGCUCGCAACACUUCUUACAAACUACGUCAACUCAAUUCAAGAUGGAAAACCACCGUGUCUCAGCGAGGCCAUGGCAACAAUGGCUGACAUUGAAAAUGCGUGUGCUGUUGAAAAAGCAACUGAGGUUUACAACACAGAGAUGAAAAAACGUAUUGUGGCACAUAACACUCCUACCGAUACUGGUCUCGUUACCUUCCACAGGGAUAGCAUGAAAGCAGCCAUUGAAGUUUUGAAAACUGGACUUGUGUUUGAUGACGAACAAGUGUAUGAAGAACAAGCUGUUGUGAAGUUCAAAGAACUACUAAGAAAAUUCAAAUCAGCUGCAGACAAGAACUCGAGAGCUAUCUGUCUAAACAGGCUUGAAAUUCUCAAUUUGAAAGUGGUGAAAAAGAUGAAUAACCGCGUGUACUGUCAUCCUGCUGGUUACGACGAGUAUAUGAAGGAUAUUGAUUGGUUGAUAAAACAGUACAACAAGGAUGCACCAUAUCUUGGCACAAAGGCACGAGCAUCACUUCAAGAGUUUCUUGAUGGUAAAGAAUCUGAAGAGGAAAAAGUGUAUCAAAUGGUCUUGCAGGCACAAGAAGGGACUCAAGAAAAAUCUCGUCCGCGAAUACAGCGCUUACGCUCGCUCACUGAAGAAGAUCCUCAAACUCUAGCUGAAAACGAAAAGAAGAAGGCGACUGAGGAGGAGAAGAUAGAAAAAGAAAUCAAACGAGAUAUUACAGUCCUGCAAAUUAAUGGUAUGAAGAGUAUUGGAAGUCAAUACUUUGAAAUGCUCGAAAUGAAAAUUAAAGAACUAGAGCGCGUGAAGAAUGAAUUAUCGUCUGAUGAUCCGUAUUAUGAAUCUCUGCUGCUUGAAACGGAGCACUGGAAGAAAUUGUUGGAAAAGGCAACUUGGAAUAUGCCACAGUACAAAAACAAAUUGCAGCCUAUAACAGAAUCAUCAUCUGAGGUAAAGGACUUGACGACAAGUCAAGUUUCAAAAUCAUCUGAAAAGGUUGACGACAAGCAAGAUAAUGAGGUAUCAAAACAAAAAGAAAGAGCACCGGGAGAUGGUGGGGAUGCCAGGCCAAAAUACGAUGAAAAUUAUUUCCGCGUCAAACCUAACCCGGCACCGAUUGAUCCUGAGUCCAUUGAUUCCAAAUUUAUCAUAGAUCUUGAACGGAGGGGAAAGAAAAAAGACAAAACAGAGUGUCCAAUUCUUUGAUUUGGUGGUUUCGAAGGAAAUUUUAACUCGUGUGUUGUUAAUCAAAGCAUAUGGAUCAGGCAUUGAAAUGCAUACUUGAUAUAUAACAAAGGCGUUUUCCAAAACAUCGAGACACGGACAAUUUUGCGAAUAUAACCUUCGUACAGUAGAAUUACUCCAUUGGAUUGUCUCACGUUGAGAAGAUGCGUAUUCGUUUAGUAUGUCAGUGGUAGAUAAAACGUAAUCAUAGAUUAUACUUUAUUAUGUAUUGCUAUGCUACUACAUAUUCAGUUGUAGCCUUAAUGUAGAAAUUUCGCAUGUUUUUUCGUGUUAUAACAUCUUCAUUAUUUUUUCGUCAUUUACAAACUUGCAUUUUAAUGGUAUAAUAAUAUAUGUAUAUAGUCAGCUGUUGAGCUAUAUUUUAUUAGAAUUCAUAGAUCUUUACAAAGGAGAACACUACAGGUGGCGUUGUAUGAACUUGAAAAUUCAAAUUAUCGAUUUUACUUUUUUUUCUUUCAAUUUUACAAAAAGGUAAACUUACCACUAGUCGAAAUAACUUCAUUUUAACACAAAUGUUUAGUGUUGGCAGUCAAUUUAUGUGCACUUCAAAUUAAACAAAAUCAGAUUUAAACUAAAGUCAUUUUAAAUCAAAGGUAAAUCAAUAACCAGUUAAAGAAAUAGUAAAAUGUGUAUUUAAGUAUUUUAUGAGUCUCAACUACGGUUCAACAGAAUUUUCUACAGCCUGGUGAAGUAAUAAAUAUAUAAAAUGCCGUGUUCAAAACACAAGCAGAUAUGCACAUCUUGUUUGAAUAAUAAGUAGCCUAAAGUUUUAAGUGCGAAUUUAUAGAUUCAGGAAAAGAGAGAUCAAUUUUAAUGCCGCUUACAACUUAAACAAAUAGAUAUAUCCCUGUUUACCUGUUUGCAGAUCAAAUGUUUUAUAUCUUUUAUCAUAUGGAGAUCUGAAAAGUUAUAAAGUUCAUAUUGGAAUGAACUCGCGAGUAAAAUUACACUUAGCCUUCAAAAUAUUUCAUCUUGAUCAAGAACUUGAAUAACUAUAAUAACUUCAAUUUGGCCAAGAUAAGAGACACGUUUGUAUUAUAUCACGCGAAUGCGCACACACAUAUCGGUAAGAAUAUUGUUAUCAAGCAAUUGUUACGAGCGCGCUUGAAAAUAAUAUUAGGUUAUUUAACAGUGUUCUGUACAAUACGAAGAUAUAUAUGAACGAGUACCCAGCUGAGGAAACCAUAUGGUUUUCCCAGCUGCGUACGAGUCCAAAUAUAGCCCGUAUUGUAUAGUGCAGUGUUAAAUAACUUUCUAUUUUAUAUCUAUUUUAUUACAGUUUAAAUUAAAAAUGAUUCACUGAAUAUUGUAUUUCUGCCUUUCCUGUAUUUUAAGACGCAUAAUCAAACUCUGUACAUAGAGCGUCUACUUUUCUUCAAAAAGUCAAGCUAAAAGGCUUAUAAUUAAUGGUAUACUGGUGCUGGAGUUAUUGAGAUUUUUUUCAUAAUUAUGAUAUAGGAGAUAAUGAGGAACAACUAUUUUAAGCUUGAAACAAAAUCCAUCACAUAAUUAGACAAGGAAUCAGUAAAAUCGAAUGAUGCUCCCCGAUGCAUGUGCUUGUCCCAAUAUGGGGAACAAUGGCCUCUAUCAUUGUGUGAAGUUUCAAUGAAAUGAAUACUUUUCAAGUAAUGCCCCGGACAUGCCUUAUUUUGUAUAAUAAAGGGAGAUAAAUCUA